GCACUGGUUUGCGGGUUUUCUGUCUUGGAAGCCAUCUUCUCUCGCACAUUUUCACUCGGUUCCGCUGUUGGGAAGUCGCCAGCCCUUAAUUCGUACAGCGUCAAAAGGCCGCCGUGAGUGGUCUUCUUCCAGGGUUCGGCGAGGGCGGCAUGGCGUCGGUGAGGCAGGGGGUCCGGCUUACGCUGCGACCCUUGCUACGAGCACAGCAGCCCGCGACCGUGACGUGGGCCAGCGGCAAUUGGGGGCCGAAAUGCUCAUUCUUCUCCACGCAGUCAUCCAAAGCGAAUGCCCAACCGCCCAAUUCCAAGGAAUCCGACGUCAAGCCAUCUUCUGCAGCGUCUCCUCAGAAUAGUCAGAAUGGCAAUGGAGAGCUCUCACUUCCCCAGAAGAUGCUUGAGUCGGCUGCUACGUCGUUCGCGUCCAUACUUGUCCUUGCCGCAGGAUUUGGCAUCGCUGGCUAUGCCUAUCACAAGUCCUACAAACGCAUCGUUCUCAACAAGAUGGCCAAUGCCUUUGAGCCAGGCGACCCUGUUCUCGAUCUCGCAGCCAUCGGCAAAGAAGUGCCCAUGACACCUGCCGAUAUGGAUGACCGCUGGGUCAACCGGCCUGAGCAGCUUCGUGUCGACCAGAUUGUCCAGGGCGAAGAAGUUGGACAUUACCAUCUUCUUAUUGGCGACAAGGGCACUGGGAAGAGCAGCAUGCUGAUUGAGGCCAUGCGCAAGAUUGAUGGCGACGGCGUCGCCAUGUUUGAGGCCCACGCCGACCUGGAAAUAUUUCGUAUCCGCCUCGGCAAGGCCCUUGACUUUGAGUUCCACGAAGACUACAUCGGCGGUUACUUCAGUGAGCGUGGCCCCCGCGACACCACAGCACUCCUGGACAUCGAGCGUGCCCUCAACAAGCUGGAGAAGGUGGCACUCCUCAAGCGAGCUGAGCGCAAGAAGCCGCUGGUGCUCAUCAUCAACCAGAUGCACUUGAUCCGUGACGACGAUGACGGCAAAGACCUCAUUGAACUACUUCAGCAGCGAGCGGAGCAAUGGGCGGCAGCCAACCUUGUGACCAUGGUCUUCAACAGCGACGACUUUUGGGUGUAUGAAAGGCUGAAGCAACUGGCCACGCGAAUGGAGGUCAUCCCUGUGCUUGACCUUCCCAAGGCGCAAGCUUCGAUUGCGCUGCAGAAGUAUCGAGUCCGCUACUUUGGGCAACAAGUGUCGGCCCGCGAGCUGGAAGAGGUGUACGACCUCGUUGGUGGGCGUCUCUCGUUCCUGAACCGCGUUGCAAAAAGCCGCGACAUGCUGGCCAUGUGCAAGCGCAUCUGUGAUAACGAGAGGCGGUGGUUCCUAAAUCAAUGCUGGAUCCUUGGAGCUGAAAUGGACGACGAUGUCAUGGAUCAGCAGAAGUGGGCUAGCGCAGCAAUGGUGCUUGCGCAAGCUCUUGUGCAAGAGGAACCCAACAUGGACGCUACAUACGAUGCAAAGAUCGGUCACAUCCUUCCCUCGUUUCCUCUGCAUAUCGCACAACAGCGCAUGACACGCGCUGACUUUAUCCGGCAAAUGGACCGAUUGAACCUCUUCUCCAUCACGUCCGAGGCCGAUGUUCGAGCAUCGUCUGUGCCUAUGCACCAUGCCUUCCGGCAGAUCUGUUCUGAACCUGGCUUUAACGAGCACCUUGAGGCCACGACACUCCGCAUCGCCGACAUUGAGAGUCUUGGCCGCCAGCGCGAAUUGGUCGCCAAAGAUUUGGUACUGGGAGGACAUUACGAGAUCGCCAAUCAGGGGAGCAACGGAUUUACCGUCAAGGUGGUUCCAGGUGAGGAUCGCGGCAUGUAUCCGGGAUGAUCUGGUCGCUUUCGGUAUUCGAAUCCCAGCAGCCUAAGGGUCCAUGUGUUUCUUUUCACCCAUUUCCUUGCUGUCUACCACGCAUGAUGUAGGAACAACUGUCUAAAUACAAGAGCUGUCGCGGGUCGCCCUGUACUGGCCAGGCUACGUAACUUUGAGCACGACCUGUUUUUCUUUGU